ACCAACCUCAGAAUCAACCAACACGUCGACAUCUCUACGUCCCACGACAGCCAAUCAACUCUUUACCGUGAUUCUCCGUUCCGCUUUCAAAAUCGGUAACUGAGGCUGCUUUGUGUUUGGAGGAGCUGGCGCUGCUUCCUGCGCGUUGCGCUCUCCCCUCCCUUUCUUGACACCUUUCCACCUCCCUUCUCUCACCUGGAUUCCUCGACAUGAGUUCGCCAGCAAAUCCUCCUGGCCCUCUGACGCCGCCAGCGGAACCAGCACAAUCCCUUCCUCCAGCAGUACAGGCUGCUCAACCGUCGGCGAGCCAAGUCGAGGCACUACUAUCCCAACCCUUGACAUCCCUCUCAGAUAAUGGCAAUUCUCGCCGACCGCGGGAUCAUCGAUUGAUCCACCUCUUACUCGUGUCACAUGGAAUUGCCGCAUACCAACAGCGAGUUCCACUUCAGUUAAUGGACUUUGCAUAUCGGUACACAAGCUCCGUUUUGUCGGAUGCGUUACAUAUUCAGAACGAAGCGUAUGACCAAGCAGACACAGGCACGAGUGGCAAAGGUCGAGGGUCAAAACAGAACCCUAAACACGGCGAGGAAGGCGAUGUCAGCCUUGCAGCAUUGCGCAUGGCGAUCGGAUCCAAAAUGGGCCAUCAAUUCCAGAGCAGUCUGCCCAAAGAGUUCCUCAAGACAUUAGCGGACGAGCGCAAUCGGAUAUCACUAAGCUCACAAGCGCGCGACGGGGACCGAGGGGGUCCUAUGGUAGGAGGAGUCAAGCUACCACACGAGAAAUACUGUCUUACAGGAAUGGGUUGGGGCUUGAAGGACGAAUGGGACAGUGAAGGGGAGGAGACAGCGGAAGAGCUCGAGGCAGAUAAAGAUGCGGAGCCGGAAGAUCUGUUAAUGGAGGAUCGGCAAGAUGGAGAGGAUGAUGAGGAAGGGUUGGGAACUAUGGAAGACGUUUUCGGGCCUGAUGACGGCGGUGGUGACAAAGAUGGAGAUGCAGACAUGCAAGACCUCUGAGCAUUCAAUUUGGUUUGGUUUGGAUGGCGGACAAUUGAUGGCGCCUUUGACAAAGCAUGAUACCCCGGGCCAGUGAAUGAAUGGUAAAUGGAAUCAAUGACUUUAUGUGUAGACCUGACUUGGUCUCGAGGGUUCUUCUGUUGAUGAUCACGAGUGAAUGGUUUCUUGUUUGCACGUGACAUGGCCGGCUGGCAUCGACCAUCAAUGCUGUUGACUAAUAAUGGAGAAGCGGUUCGGUCUUCGCUUCAUGGUCAUUGCAGUAUUGUUCCCCGAAUAGAACUGAUUAGUGAGAUUGGUUCUCGUGGUGAGUCUCCAAUUCAGAGACAUAGCAG